CUCUGGUAACGUCGUAAAUCUCGUGUUAAGUGGCUAGUAUACGCCUUCUAUGCAACAAUGCGGUCCUCUUUCCUUCCCUCUGUGCUUCGUGCAAUUCUUCUCGCCGCGCCGCUGGUGAGCGCACACCCUAGCGCAGACUCCGUCGUGGGUUCUCUGUUUGUGCGCGCCGACGAUGGUUACGAAAACACCGUCUGCCGGCCCUCGGUAAAGGAGGGAUCCGACAAUACCACUCCUCCAUGCAGCAGUCUCGAGAACAUCGAGUACCAGUGCGCCCCCAACGGAACCUCACCCCUUGCUCUGGAGGCUCAUAAGCAAUGCAUGUGCGGCGGCUCCUUCUUCACCGAAUGGCCCUUCUGCCAACAAUGUCUCUACGUCCACGGCCUGCGCUCCGAGCGUGAUGUCAAGCGCUACACCGAGGUGCUCUCCUCCGUGGAAGCCAUUCUGUGCGACGCGCGGGCCACCCCGACGGCCAUCUUCGCCGACAUCUUUACCAGCGUGGCAAAUCAGGUCCCGGAGCCGACUGACGGCGCCACCGUCAGCAGCGACCAAGCCGUGAGCAAGACGGACAUCAGCUACUACAUGACUACCACGAUCAGCCAGGGUCCUGGGAAAAUCACGGGCUCGGCGUUGAGUGCUACUGCUACUGAUGCGCCGUUAGCGCCGCAGACUUCGAAUACGGGUGGGGAUGGUGGUGAUAAUAACGAUGGGAAGACCACUAGUACUACUAGAGGACCUCUUACCGUGACCACGAGCUCAUCGGCUAGCGGUGCUAGCAGCAUGGCUGCUGAAACCUCCUCGAAGCAUAAUGGUGCUGCAGGAGUCAAGGCUGGUGUCACGAGCAUUUUUGGUGUUGCUGCUGCCAUGGCGGUUGCUGUGAUACUUCAUGUGGAAUAA